CGCAAAUAAUGCAAUGCAUGCGAGCGCGAGACGACAUCCAUAGUUCCAUACGCUCCUCCAUCGUCCGUCUCCGUUCCCUUCCCUUACGUGCUAAGGCAAAGGCAUCAUGGCUAUGCAGCUGCACGCCGCGUCCCCGGACUCGGAACACUACGUCGCCAAGUCGCCGCCGCCGCCGCCGCCUCUCUCCCCGCACCCGGAGCCGGCCCCGGCGUUCGUCAAGCCCAAGUCGCCGCACGUCUCGCAGGGCGGCAACGCGCCCGUUGCCACGGCGACGACGCCCCUGACGCCUGGCAGGGUCGACAGGGCGCGCCACGAUCACCAUGGCGGUGGCGGUGGCGGCGACGAGGCCGCCCAGCUGCUCAACGGGAUCGUCCUCGUGCUGCGCGCCGGCGCCGCGCUGCUGUCCUUCGUGGCCAUGGCGCUCGUCGCGUCCUGCCGCCACGGGGACUGGAUGGACUUCCUCCGCUACCAGGAGUACAGGUAUCUUCUCGGGGUGUCCGUGGUCGCGUUCGUGUACUCCGCGGCGCAGGCGUUGAAGAACUUCCGCCGGAGGCGCCGCGGCGCCGCAGACGCCAGCUUCCUUGAUUUCGCCGGCGAUCAGGCGGUGGCGUAUCUGCUGGUCACGGCGUCGGCGGCGGCGCUCCCAAUCACGAUCCGCAUGAGGUCGGCGGUGGUCAACGUCUUCACGGACGCCAUCGCCGCGUCCAUCGCCCUCGGCUUCCUCGCCUUCGCGGCGCUCGCCCUGUCCGCCAUGCUCUCCAGACACGCGUAGUACGACCAUCUUAUAGCUAGUCAAUCCAGCAUGCAGUCUGCUGCCCAUCGCUAG